CGGGAGGCUCCUUGCCCAUAGGUGCCACUAAGGCGCGCUUUGGAGUCGGGAACGGAGGAACCACAGGUGCAGCCCGACCCUCCCCGUACUCAAGUAAGGAUGCCUUAAGAGGAGAACUAUGGAUAAAUAUAUCAAAGUACGGAAGAUUGGAGAAGGAUCCUUUGGGAAAGCAAUACUUGUCAGAGCUAAAGAAAAUGGCCAGCAGUAUGUCAUUAAAGAAAUAAACAUCUCUAAGAUGUCAAAUAAGGAGAGAGAAGAAUCAAGGAGAGAAGUUGCUGUUUUGGCUAACAUGAAACACCCAAAUAUUGUCCUGUAUAGGGAGUCAUUUGAAGAAAAUGGCUGUCUGUACAUAGUGAUGGAUUACUGUGAAGGAGGAGAUCUAUUUAAAAAGAUAAACGCCCAGAAAGGAAUCCUGUUCUCUGAAGAUCAGAUUCUGGAUUGGUUUGUACAAAUCUGUUUAGCACUAAAACACAUACAUGAUAGAAAAAUCUUGCAUCGGGACAUAAAGUCACAGAAUAUAUUUUUAACCAAAGAUGGAACAAUACAGCUGGGAGAUUUUGGAAUUGCCAGGGUUCUGAACAGUACUGCAGAGCUGGCACGCACUUGCAUAGGAACACCGUACUAUUUGUCACCUGAAAUAUGUCAGAACAAGCCUUACAACAAUAAAAGUGAUAUCUGGGCCCUUGGUUGUGUUCUCUAUGAAAUGUGUACACUUAAACAUGCGUUUGAAGCUGGUAACAUGAAGAACUUGGUCCUGAAGAUAAUCUCUGGGCCUUUUCCUCCUGUUUCUAUGCAUUACUCCUAUGACCUACGUAAUCUGCUGUCACAGCUAUUUAAAAGGAAUCCCAGGAAUAGACCAUCAGUAAACUCCAUAUUGGAGAAAAACUUUCUAGCCAAACGGGUUGAAAAAUUUCUCACACCAGAGCUUAUUGCAGAAGAAUUCAGUCACAAAAUUUUCCACAAGUUUGGACUACAUGCUUCACCAGCUCAAAGACCAGUUCAAGAACCAACACUGACUUCAGUUGCACCAGCUCAGAAAAUUACCAAACCUGCUGCAAAAUAUGGAGUGCCUUUAACUAUCAGGAAGUCUUGUGGUGCACCUAAAAAGCCUAAUGAGAAGAAGCCAUUGACUAAAAUUAGACAGGAACCUUCAAAAAAGAAAAGGUUAGAAUUGCCUGAAAAAGAAAAGCGCCAGAGAGAGCAGAUCAGUUUACCGAAGGCAGAUGAAAUGAGAAGAUUGGAAAAAGAAAGGAUGGAACGAAUAAACAGAGCCAGGGAACAAGGAUGGAGGAAUGUGCUUGGUUCAGGUGGAAGUGGUGUUAAGGCACCAUAUUAUGUCGGUGGAGGUGGUGUUGGUCCUUUUCCUGUAUCUUCCAGAGGACGCUAUGAACACUAUCAUGCUAUUUUUGACCAGAUGCAACAGCAAAGGGAAAAUGUCUUCCGAAUAGCUGAAGAGAGGGAAGCCAAGUUGAGAGCUAAACUACAAGACCGAGGAGUUGUUGAAAGAGGAAUUCCACCUGGAACACGUCCAGGAGUUCCUAAGGGACCUGCAGGUCAUCACCAUUUACCCGAUGUUGGUGCAGUUAGGAAAAAAGUGAAAAGAUUGAAGGAGGUGUCUAAACAAGCCAAUGCAAACAGGCAAAAAGGAUGGAUAGCUGCAGAUAGAGCAAAGCAAGUUGAAGAAUUCUGGCAACGAAAGAGAGAAGCCAUGGAAAACAAAGCUCGAGCUCAGGGACACAUGGGUACACUGCAAAACCUGGCAGAUACCUAUGGAGGCAGGUCCAUUUCUGCAAGAGGAAGGAAAUCCAGAAACAAGGAGGAAGAGGAAUAUUUGGCAAGACUGAGACAGAUCCGGCUACAAAACUUUAAUGAACGUCAGCAGAUUAGAGCAAAACUUCGUGGAGAUAAGAGUGAAGCUGCCAGUUCUGAUGGACAGGACUCUAGUGAGGAAGCAGAACUGAAGCGCAAGAAGAUAGAAACACAGAAGGCUCAAGCAAAUGCUCGUGCAGCAGUUCUGAAGGAGCAGUUGGAGCGAAAGAGAAAGGAAGCAUAUGAAAGAGAGAAAAGAGCCUGGGAAGAACAUCUGAUUGCAAAAGGGGUAAAGAAUCCUAAUGUGCCUUUUCAUAUGGAAGCUACAGAACAUAGUCCUAUGAAUGGACUACAAGAGUCUGGAGCAGCUCUUCCUAAGCCACAACUUCCAGUGAAGCCUGGUGUACCUGUCAUCUCCAUGACUUCUGCUUUGAAGGAAGUGGGUGUGGAUGAACAUGUAAUAACUGCUGUCCAGGAGUCUGAGGAGGAAUUGAAAAAGCCAGAUUUUGCAGUACAAAACAAGAGAGAAAUUCUGAGAAGAUUAAAUCAAAAUCUUAAAGCUCAAGAAGAUGAGAGAGGGAAAAAGGAGAGUAAAAAUACCUCUGAAUUGGUUGGAUCUGAAGAUGGUAAGGAGCAGCAAGGUGACCAGCCACUUCUGGGAGAUCGCAAAAAAUGGGAAUCUGGGGCCUCUGAGUUGGUCGUUCCUCUAGCUCAGCUUUCAAUGGAAGAUUCUUUCUCUGGAGCAGAGUGUCAAACUCUGGGAGAAGUAAUCAAGUUAGAUAUUGGUGAACCUCACAGGAAAGUCUGGGGCAAAAGCCCAACUGAUUCAGUUCUAAGGAUCCUAGGAGAAGCAGAGCUGCAGCUGCAAACUGACAUCCUUGAGGAACAAGAUGAGAUAAAUGGUACUGCAGAACUUCUUGAAGGAGAUCAUCAGUCUUUAUCAGAGGAGAAGGAAGAGAAGGCUUUUUCUCCUGUUGGAACUCAGUCUGCAGUACCAGUUGGUGUUACAAAGUCUGUCAUAACUGUACCAGAAGAAUCUCGAAGAACUGGACCCACCCUGGUGCAGAGCAACGCUAUUGUGCUGGAUGAGCCUGAUGAUUUGGAAGCAGAGGUGCUGGAAGAAAUGGAAGAUAAAAUGCACCAGAGUAAGGAGAAUAAGGAGUUCCCUAGCACUGUUAAUGAAGUGUGGGUAAAAGAGAAAGAAGAUGUGGCACAACAUGACAGAAUGAGUGGGGCAGCUUCAGAGAAAGAAGCACUCAACGAGGUGCAACCACAGAAGGAAGCUCCAGCAGAAACUUGUUCCAGUGACUCUCAGCAAGCUGAACCCUUAUUCCAGAGGGUAAUACAGCCCACAGCUGUACCAACAGCCUCACCAGUUCUGUCAGCUCAGUCUUCACAGGAAGAGUCUUUUGUACCUCGUUCACGUUCCAUAUCACCAGCAAGAAAUAAAGGCAAAAAUUCAUUGUUGAUUGGACUUUCUACAGGACUUUUUGAUGCAAACGACCCAAAGAUGUUGAGAACAUGUUCACUCCCAGAUCUUUACAAACUAUACAGAACUUUAGUUGAUGUUCCCAGUGUAGCAGAUGUGCAGCAUCAACAUAAUCUUGAAACAGAUGAUACAGAAGAUGAGCAAGCCAAAGAAGGACCCUCUGACUCUGAGGACAUUAUGUUUGGAGAGACGGACACAGAUUUGCAGGAACUCCGGGAUUCAAUGGAACAGUUGCUUAGGGAGCAGCCUGGUGAGGAACUGAGUGAAGAAGAGGAGUCUACUUUAAAGGCUAAUGCCAUGGAAUGCAUAACAAAUGGUACUGAGCUGGAUGAAGGAGAUGAAAAUAACCCCAGCAGUGAAAGUGCUCUUAAUGAAGAAUGGCAGUCAGAUAAUAGUGAUGGAGAGAUUGCCAGCGAAUGUGAAGAAUGUGAUAGUAUCUUCAGCCAUUUAGAAGAGUUGAGAUAUAACCUGGAGCAGGAAAUAGGCUUUGAUAAAUUAAUUGAAGUUUAUGAGAAAAUAAAGGCUAUACUUGAAGAUGAAGAUGAAAAUAUUGAUGUUUGUUCAACUGUAGUUCAGACUGUUCUUGGAAAUGAGCACAAACACCUGUAUGCCAAAAUACUUCAUCUGGUAAUGGCAGACGGAGCCUACCAAGAAGGUAAUGAUGAAUAAACCUGACUCAGGAAAUUCUUAGUGCUUACUACACACCGGUGUCGAAAGUCCGCACAGCUGAACAGCAAAUUGUAGUGGAGAAUGUGACAUUGAGCAGGAGAGGCAAGACUUCAAAAAAGAAUGCUGAUUGUAUGAAAAAGAGAAAAAACAUGCCUUUUAAACUGAGAUAUCUUUAGAGUUCUCUCGUGUGGAUUUGUAUACAUAUUCCUUAAAUAUUAGGUGCCCAAAAUUUUAAAAAACCCACACCAACCAACCAACCAGCAACAACAAAAACAAUAAACAAAACCCAAAAGCCUCAAUGAACCAAACAAAAAACCCCCAAACCUGUAACCUCUCAAAUUUCAAAAAAAAACAGAGGAAGAAAUACCUGUGUAUAUUCUGAUGCAAAACUCAGACCUAUAAUUGAAACAGAUUUUCUGCCGUAUGAACAGAUAGCUGGUAUGGUUGAACAGUUAGAAGCAUUACUGUGUUGUGGAAGUAC